AUCUUUGCACGAGAGACGAGAAAUGACAGCAUCGAUUCGAGAUACGUUGACCUGCAGCAAUGCUGUCUGUGCAGGUUGACGAUCGUACAAAUCUAACAGCGGGUUGAUCCUGCUAAAUUUUCAUAUUUUGUUUCACUUCACGCUGUGGCUGCAGAUGACCGAGGCCCGUCUUUGUACAUAUGUUUCGGUCUGCCGACGAUUGUCAGGUUAUUGUCGUCGGGAUGCCAUUCUUCCUGGCGCCUCCUUUUCCUACGCUCAUUUUAAUACCUUCCCCUCGUUUUCAUUGUUCUGUCCUGGUUCAUUCCAGGAACAGCUAAUAACGAACACCAACGUCUAUGGAAACCCCCAACUUGCUAAAUACCUACCUGCUUUUGGCUGGCCUACCCGGUCGUCCUUCUGCUAUGGGACUCGACAUACGUGCAUAUUCCUUCAUGCGUUAAUAGCAUCUUGGGCCUGGUUUCUCUCAAAUCAUGACACUCUGAUCUACCCCAGACAGGGUCUUUCAUGCCUAAUCACACUUUCCCACCCUUGUCACUCAUUUCACAUGACGGCUCAGUAUACAAGAGCUGAUCUCUCACUUUCCUUCCUUCUUACUGUGAUUUACUCAACGCGGAAAAGGGCGCAAUGCUAGUCUGGGUUUCGUUGGAUGAUGACUUUGCUUGUAUUUUACUUCUGCUGGAUUGAGUGAUCUUGACCUCCUUCCUGUGCUUUUCUGUUCAUGGCCUUUGACGAUUGAUGUAUUGAGUGAUAAACAGCCAUUUAUUUUACAAAUUUACAAAUUCUGAAAUAUGUUAGAA